AUGCCAAAACGCGAGAUCCGGACGACCAUCCUGACCUCCUCGCACACCAGCACCCUGAGCCUCGUCCUCAGUGUGUUGGUUCUGGCUGCGCUGGCUGGGCCAUGCACUGGCGAAGCCGUGUUGGAGGAGGAUGACCAUAGUCGCCUCAUCAUCAACACCACGGACUCUUCCCAGCCUGUGCUCGUGAAUGGCGUCGACGUGCAAGCACUGCACCGCACGGUCACCUCAAUUGUGAGUGUUGUCCGUGCCGAAGGCUACUCCCAACCGUGCGCGAUUGGACUUGACGUAGCUGCCUUGCUUGGGCACACGUGCGAGUCACACAUUGCAGGUGGCGAUACACGCCCGUGGACGCUGGCAGCCCGCUUCUCCAACGAUGGCGUGGAUACGUGGACGUGGAAUGACUGCAAUCUGUGGUCAAACCAUCAACUGGUGGGACUCAUGCGAAGCAGCAGCGACUUCAAAGGGACAGCAUGGUUUGGCCCAACCAAAGACUUGCUCUUCAUCGCAGAUACUGGGGAGUGGAUUGCAUAUGAGAAUGCUUUGGACAAACAGCCGCUUUCAUCUCUAUUUACAGAUGUUACCAUCCCAUGCUCCUCCAGCUGUCCAGUAUACUCUGCCACCCAAAUGAACAUCACAGACAAUCCAUAUCGCUGCGAUGUCAAAUUGUAUGUUAACCCUGACGAUGGGGACCUGAUCAAACACGAAAAAACAUGCGGUUUUGCCUGGAGCUUCGGCGGCUUGGAUGGAUGCCCUCUGGACGAUGUUGGAGGAAGUGGAUCUUUCGGGCCACUUUCGAGUAGUCCGACUUCCGAGAGACCUGCGCUUGGCUUCCUUGGAGGAAACCCCUCUGCAACUUUCGUCGAGCUCUACGUGCGUUAG